AUGGAAACUGCGGCUAGAAGUAAAAAUUUUUCUUCGAAUGAAAUUUGCACACUGCUAAGCCUAGUGCAGCAAAAUUCAAGUAUUUUGGAAUGCAAGGCAACAGGAAAAGUGCGUCCUGACCAAAAGGACAAAGUGUGGGAAACAAUAACAGAAAGUUUCAACUCGGUGUGCUCCGGAGCACCUCGUUCAACAAAAAAUCUGCGAACGAAAUAUUUAAAUUUAAAAGCAGACAUGAAAAAACGGUCUGCUGACCACAAGAAGUAUGUGUAUGGUACAGGCGGGGGUCCUUGCAAAGAGCCUGAUCCCGCUGAUACCGAAGUUGACACACUAAUGAAAUAUUGCCAAAAAAACAAGUGCAUGGGAUGGACUCCACAUAUGACAACGACUGAAGAUCAAAUGAUGGAAGAAGAAAUUGAUAUAAAGGCAAAAUGGACGGAAAAGAAAUUGAAAGAAGAAAUUGAGUUUACGAAAAUCGAACACACGUUACGUGUACAGCAAAUGAAAGAAGCACAUGAACUACAACAAAAAUUUAUCAUUGAGAAGCAUGUCCUUGAAAUGCGGAUACUGGAGGAUCAAUUAAAACCAAAGUGA